AUGGCAACCAUUCGUCCAGCUGAGGAACAAAAAGAGGUCACAAACCCGAAGAGGAAGUCGUUUUUUCAAAAAUACUUCUUGGCAGGACAACAAAUGGCUGAUCCAUCGACUCAAGAAGUUCCAGACGAUGCUGAUUUUGUAGAGAGAUUUCUAAUAACGAAACGAAAGUACAUCGCUUUCCUGUUGCCAGUAAUUAUUAUGCAUGUGUUCUGGUGGCUCACAGCGUACCGGUACAGUUGGUUCCCACUUCUACAGACUAGAUGGCAAAUGCCCCUUAUUAUGUUCUUUGGGUCGACUAUAGCUGGUAUGACGUCAGAAGGAGGAGGUGCAGUGGCAUUUCCAUUCAUGACACUUUAUCUCCACAUCGAUCCCAUAGCAGCUAGAGAUUUUUCGCUGAUGAUACAGGCAUUCGGAAUGGGUAGUGCUCUGUUCGUCGUCCUCUUCAUGAAGAUACAGAUUGAAGAACGUUCAUUGUUGUUCGGUUGCUUGGGUUCAAUUCCUGGGAUGUGCUUAGGAUUUGCUUAUGUAGAUGCCCUUCUGGACGGGGCGCAGAAAAAAAUGCUUUUCGUUUCUAUAUGGAGCUCAUUUGCAAUUGCUUUAUUUCUUCUGAAUUCUCACAAAAAGAGACUAACCCAUUCUACUAUUCCUGAUUUCAAGCCGUGGAAGGCAGCAGUUCUUGUGCUUACGGGAUUUGUUGGAGGUAUUUUCACGUCUUUCGCUGGAUCUGGAGUUGAUAUAUGCAUUUUUUCUAUCAACACACUUCUAUUUAGAGUUUCUGAGAAAACUGCUACACCAACAACGGUGGUGAUUAUGGCACUAAAUUCUAUGGUUGGAUUUUACUGCCGAGCGAUUUGGUACGGCGACGUCUCCGACCUGACAAUAGAAUAUCUCAAAGUGUCAAUUCCAGUAGCUGUUACUAUGGCACCAAUUGGAAGCUUUAUUGGGUCUCACUUUCACAGACAGGUACUUGCAUGUUUUGUUUAUGCUUUGGAAGCACUUUCUGUUGUUGGAUUUCUUUUCACUCAACCCCCUUUUUAUCUAGUAGCCAUCGGAGUUGGGAUCAUCGCUGUUGCCUUCGCCUUCUUCUUUUUCAUCAGCAAAAUAGGAGGAAGAUUGCUGGAGAAAGCCGAGAGCAAGAAGGAUCUUACAUUAAACUUGUCCAAAGGUUCUCAAAGGACGUCAUCUGUUCAAGAUUAUAAAUUUCUGUAG